GCCGAAGACUGCGCUGGCUAUCUCGUUCACCGACUGCUGUACACAGAAAACAGAAAACACACUACCUAGGUCACUAUCCUAUUGCCGCACCCUUUCGACUACGCACCUAUCGACAUUCUCUUGCGCUCAACACGCCUCAGACCUCACAACGCCCACCGCUUCCCUUCUUGGAUGUUCCUGCUGGCCAGUCAACAAACUAUCUCCCGCCGAUCUGUCUCGACUCUAAGUUAAACGCGAUGACUGCGAUCCUCCUACCUCCUCACCACCUGACUUCCAUCCGUGUUUGUUGAUGAUUGGCCGUCGAGUACACACAUUCGCAGCCUCAUCAGGGAAAUAUUCUCUGCCGGCGUCGCAGGUCGACGUCUCCCUUGACCUCGUCGUUCUGAGUGUGUUGUCCUGAGAACACCCUCGAAACAGCUUAAUCUCAUCCCGCACCUCUCGUUCGCAACGUGAGAACACCUUGUCGGCUCUCUUUCGCCGCUCUCCCUUCUGUUGUCACAGGGUCGCACUCCAUCUUGUCAAUAUUCUUGGGACACUGCAUCCACAAGAGAAGAGUCACGUUUCUGGAUGAAGAGGGACAAGAAGUUGAUACUUUCCUGACCACAUUUUCGAAUUCUGCGAGUCCGAACACCUUCUGGCGACAUUGUACGCGGAAGUCUCUCUCUGAUUGCGCGGAAGUUGUUUAGGGUCUGUGGUCGAGGCCACGGCUCAGGUGGAAGAGGAUUCCCAUGGAUACUAUGCAGGCUACUGGGCAAUACAGAGAACAUGUCCCAACAUCUGCCACAUAUUCUCCAUCGAGCAGUCGUCACUACGACGAUCACCAAGACAUGGAUCCUGAAGGAUAUUACACCAAUCAACCUUACUACCGUUCUCAAAAUACAAGUGAUGCUCUAAGACACGCAUCAGAGCAAGAACAAAGUCCUAUCCACGCGUCUUCAUACCACCAGCAGACCACAUCCUUACCUUAUCACGUACGCAACCAAUCUGCCAUCCAUGAUCAGUUUGACGGGGCGCCUAUUCCACCACCCAGAACUUCAUCACAACAACAAGGCUCUCCGCGAACGCAAGCAGCUUCUGCAAGACAUGCGAGACACCACAAUCCUGAUAGCCAGUCCAGUCGCGUUCAAAACCGUGUCGGAGAUUACAACGAGGAAGUGCCAGACCGAGCACGGGACGAUACAGCUACUGCGGCUGCAUCUGCUGCACGUAGCCGACGAAAAGGGCCGUCAAGUCCCGAAGGCCCACAGCGAGCCGCAAGCACAAGAGAACGAAAUCAACACACUGCACCUCCACCCAGCCGAUCUGAAGCCACCAUGCAAUCCUCUAAUUCACCCGCGCCUUUGGUACGUGAAUACAGUGAGGUGAUCAAAAGAGUGGUCGUGUCCGAUCCCCAGGAAGAUGAGGAGAGGGCUCAAGAGCGAGUUGCUGAGGCCCAGCCGGCGCCCAUCGGCACAGAUGCUCCAACCGUGCCAGACGACGGGGACGACCUACUUCCUGCUCCAGGGCCAGCUCGUCGGCAAGACUAUUCAAAAUCGCGCCGAAAAGAAAUACAAUUUGGUGAUUAUGUACUCGGCCAGACCCUCGGAGAAGGUGAAUUCGGCAAGGUCAAGUUGGGCUGGAAGAAGGACGGAAGCUCCCAGGUGGCCAUCAAGCUCAUUCGAAGAGAAAGUGUCGCCAAUAACCCUAGCCGACUCCCCAAGAUCUACCGAGAGAUAACCAUCCUGAGGGAACUGGCCCAUCCCAACAUUGUCCGACUACACGAAAUGGUGGAGACCGAGCGACAUAUUGGCAUCAUACUAGAGUAUGCUUCUGGUGGUGAGCUCUUUGAUUACAUUCUGAAUCAUCGCUACCUCAAAGAUCCUGCAGCUAGAAGGUUGUUCGCUCAGCUGGUUUCUGGUGUCGGCUAUCUUCACAAGAAAGGAAUUGUUCAUCGAGAUUUGAAGUUGGAAAACCUGCUUCUCGACCAGAACCGCAACAUCAUCAUCACGGAUUUCGGAUUCGCCAACACCUUUGACCCUGCUGAUGAACUCUCGGACGAGAUCGUCUACAAUCUCAGCAACAAGGAUUUUGUCAGAAAGUUCAAACUCGACCGGCUAGAUCAGCGUGGAAUGCGACGAGGAGAUCUGAUGCAGACUAGCUGUGGUAGCCCUUGCUAUGCGGCUCCCGAAUUGGUUGUCAGCGACUCAUUGUACACUGGAAAGAAAGUCGAUGUGUGGAGUUGCGGAGUCAUUCUGUAUGCCAUGUUGGCUGGUUACCUACCUUUUGAUGACGACCCAUCGAAUCCGGAGGGCGACAACAUCAAUCUUUUGUACAAGUACAUCACCACCACUCCGCUGACCUUCCCCGAAUAUGUGACGCCGCAUGCACGGGAUCUCCUUCGUCGCAUUCUAGUGCCAGAUCCGCGCAAGCGUGCCGAUCUGUUUGAGGUGGCCCGCCAUAGUUGGUUAAGUGAGUAUCAUCAUGUUGUCUCUCACAUCACUAGUAGCACUACCAAUGUGGCGGAUAUUGCGCACACUACCGUGCCAUCCGAAGAAGAACCACCCACAAUGCAUAGAAGCGCCUCUGUACGUGAGGGACCUUCGAGGACUGAUGUUGGCUCUCCUGGCGCUAUCGCCCGUGCUCAGGAAGGACUGCUACCUGAGGUAGACGAAGGCUCGACUGGUUCACGACGUGAUCGAGCCACUCGUCACACCUUGCAGCCGGAGUACGUUCCACCUCAGACACACACCGCCCGUGUCCAGCCGUCGGCGACCGCAGCGGCAGUCGUUGCCCGUAGUCGAACCGAGGAGCUCAAAGACACUCCAACCGCGAUCUUGCCACCGUCCUUGACGAAACCUCUACCCCAGGAACCUCCUAUUGAGACCACUCAGAGAAGACCACCGACCACAGAGAAGAUGCCACCUCCAGUUCGCCCGGCCCGAGACAUUCCAAGAUCCGUAUCGGAUUCUACCACGGCAUUUGGUACAGUGGUCCCUACGAGCGGCGGUCAGUAUGUGACACGACCAAGCACACAAGGCUCCAUGACAUCUGCUGGGGCACCUGCCAACACAAGAUCUGACGUUCGAUUGCCAUCUCGAGGAUCUUAUGGUCAGCCAGUCGCGCCGACGGUUGCUGCCACCAACGUACAGGGUCGAGUUACUCAACCAACGAAGCCUAGCCGGGGCUACAAUAUUUCCGGACCUAUCCCUCAAUCAGGCGGCCAUCCCUCGAUUGGCCAACCAAUGACGACGCCAAUGCCACCACAAAGUGCACAACAGCAACAGAAGACUGCUCAUCACCGCCGAUCGAGUACCUUGAGUGGCCUUGGGGAGCGCCUUUUCGGCCGGUCGAACUCUGUGGUCAAAAAGGACCCUGAGCGACAAAAGAACGGACGGAAGUAUCCUCCAACUAGCAUGAAAGAGUAUGCACCUGAGACACAACCUCGCAUGUCGACGGAUUCGAAGCGCUCAUUCUCAUUUGGUCUGGGUAAGAAGAGAAGCACGGAUUUGGAGAAUCCAGGACAGUCUGAAAAACCGGUACGGCGAUUUUCACUUCUUAAUUCAAUGUCGUUCAAAGGUCUGAUGGGUGGCUCCAAGGACCAAACCUCAUCCAAGCCCGGGACUCCUCAAGCCGAGCGGUUUGCCUCGUCCAGUUCGAGUCGCCCAGGAACCGGUCAACAGUAUGCGGUAGAGCCGAUGUCUAGUACGGAUGGUCAGUACGAUAAUUCACGACCAGGAAAAUACAACAAUUUUUCUCGGCCUCCUCAGUCACAAUACCCACAACAGCGAAUGGCCUCGACACAAGCAUCGAAUGAUGUCUACGGCGGAACAGGCGUCUAUUCUCCACAAGACCAAGGACGCGUCCCUCAUCAGCGGCAACAGAGCGAGCCGAUGGCGCAAAUGAUGACACAAUACCCUGAAGCUGUCGAGGGCCGACCUUCGAUGCAACAGGGCAGACAACGUGGAGUUCUCGUCAAGAACAACCGCAAAUUCACAGAUGCUUAUGCACAUGAUCAAGGACCGAAUCACCAUGGUGGACGGUCAGGCGCGGUUAAGAAGGUGCAAGACUUUUUCCGUCGACGUCGUGGCACGGACGAAUAUCGAUAAAGGAAGAAAGCGACGUUUUGGUUUCUGGUCGCUUGCGAGCAUUCGACCGCAAUAUUCCCCUUGGCCAAUAUUGGAGCGGCGACAGAUUUUCUUGUAAUGAUUAAUUGAUUGUUUGGCAGGCAUUGAGUUCCCUGUACUAGGUUGGGGAUUUUGUGGACGAUCACAAUCAGCAAUUUCUCUUCUCCUGCUUCUGGUCCCGACGACGGAUUAUUGAACAGGUUGUUUGUCGGAUUACAUUCCAGUCUUGACGGCGUUGAAAGUUUGCCGCUGGAGAAUUGUGAGUUGAGUACUGGAGCUUUGCAAAGACAGCGUGGGAUACCCCUACAUAGCAUUAUUGAAUGAAGAAGAUGCCGCUCGAGCAGAGUGGUUUCGCUUGUGA